CGUGGCGGUUUUGAGGCAGAAGGCAUUCCCGCGAGCAGAUGUGGAUAAGCAUGCGCUGCUGUGUUUGUGUAUUUUGGUUCGAGACCUCAGCAGCGUCUCUUUGGCUAUCACAUGCACAGGUCACACAGCCCUUCUUGCUUUCUCAAAAAUAGAGCACAUGUCCACCAGGCACCCCAAGACAACCUUGGAAUAAUUUCCCAGCCACGUGUAGUUGAGAUGGAAGCGAGGGGCGCAGAUGGUACUCCAGACAAAGGUAGCAAGCUUGAUGCAUCCCGGAAACAUGAUAAUCCCGCGGGACUGGCACGGGAUCUAAGUCAGCUCUCCUCUAUGCCUCAACUCUACGAUGUGUACUUUACUGUUGGCAAGGCUGGGACCUGUAUUGGCGGCGUCAAGGCCAUUCUGGCGAUGAGAAGCCGGGUGUUCUUCAAGAUGUUCUACCCAAACCCAGACCAUGCCGGGCGGACAGCCUCGACCAAUCAGAGCGCUCAGAGCAAAACACAAGUGAUCAAACACGCCUUUAUGCUGCUCAAGAAAGAAGUCUCGCCCAAACGAGACCAGAAAACAGAUGCGAGUACGUUCCAUGUGGGUGACCUCGAGCCUCUAGCGUUCUCCCGGCUGAUGGAGUUCCUACACGGCGGUUCGUGUGACCUGGACGCACGGACGGCUGUCGGCUUACUGGCGGCGACAGACUACUUCGCAAUCGACGAUUUACAGGCCGCAGUCUUGAGCUUCCUGGAGACUCGUAUCACCAUUGAAUUGGCGUGCUACCUGCUUUCUGAGGCAGAGAAGUACAUCCAGUUCAAGAAAAUAAAAGCACUCCUGUCCAGGCUUCUAGAAUUCACGGCCAAAAACGCGUGCGAGAUCCUGAGACUACCGGCAUUCUGCUCACUCUCUCGAAGCGUUGUGCGUCUGAUCUUAUCGCGAGGGGAUUUCAAUGCUAGCGAAUGGGACAAGUUCAAAGCAGCGCAGGCCUGGGGUGUAGCCUAUUGCAGGAAAAACAAGGAAACAAGCUUGAAGGAGGCAUUGGAACCGCUGGUCGAAUGUAUCGCAUUUAAUGAGGUGCCCGCGGUGCUGCUGAUGCAAAACGUACGGAAACUCGACGUAGUACCACCCCACGUGAUCAUGGAAGCGCUCGCUUACCAGGCUGACCCGACGAGUGUAGCGAGUACACCCGAGCGGGGCACGAACAUACGACAGACAACCGACGCCCUCGACACCAGGGAGGAACGAUCUUAUAAGGGAUGACAAAAAGCUCCUUGCAAUUCCGGGCAAGUAAUGGCCAACUCAUACGGCACUAUUAGAAAUAAAUAAUCAAAAGAUCUUUAUUAAAUUUAUUACGUCAGGAGUCAAUAACAUUAGAUGUAGCACUCUGUAAUUUGAAUUGAAACUGUGGGGGAAGUGCUCUUUUGAGGAACUUUUUUAGUGUAAAAGCGAAUGUUACACAAUGUCAAAAAAAGAAAGUCUAUUGAAA